AUGAUCCAACUAUACUUACUACUACUACUAAGUUGUAUCAACCUAGUGGUAUCCAAAACUCAUGUAUUUGAUUGGAAUAUAGGAUAUGUAGAUGCAAAUCCAGAUGGUAUAUAUCCAAGAAAAAUGAUUGGAAUAAAUGGUCAUUGGCCAAAUCCAACAAUAAGAAUUAAAGAAAAUGAUAGAAUAAUAGUAAAUGCAUAUAACGGAUUAAAUGAUCGGAAUAUAUCAAUACAUUUUCAUGGAUUAUUACAAAGAGGAUUUAAUGGAGAAGAUGGACCAGAAAUGAUAACUCAAUGUCCAGUUGCUCCAAAUUCAACAAUAAAAUAUGAUUUUGAAGUUAGUGAUCAAGCUGGUACUUAUUGGUAUCAUUCACAUAGUGGAGCACAAUAUGGUGAUGGAUUAAGAGGAAUGAUUAUAAUAGAAAGAGAAAAUGAACCUUAUAAAUAUGAUGAAAGUUUUGAUAUUAGUGUAAAUGAUCAUUAUCAUUUAGAAACUCCUGAAAUUAUGAAAAAUUUUUUAAGUAGAUUUAAUCCCACGGGAGCUGAACCAAUUCCUCAAAAUAGUUUAUUUAAUGAAACUAAAAAUGUAACAAUAUCAGUUGAACCAAAUAAAUCUUAUUUAUUAAGAAUUGUAAAUAUGGGACUAUUUGUUUCACAAUAUUUAUUUGUUGAAGAUCAUACAUUUGUAAUUGUUGAAGCAGAUGGUGUUACAGUUGAACCAUAUGAAGUUGAUUCAAUUUAUAUUACAGUAGGUCAAAGAUAUGUUGUCUUGUUAAAAACAAAAUCAAAUACUGAUAAAAACUAUAGAUUUGCAAAUAUCUUAGAUAUGGAAAUGUUAGAUUUUGUACCAGAAGAUUUACAAUUAGUAUCAACAAACUAUCUUGUCUACAAUGACGACGCAAAUUUACCAAAACAUUUACCAUAUUUUGAUUUUGAAAAUACAGUUUCCAAACUAAAAGGAUUUGAUGAUUUUUAUUUAAAACCUUUAAGUCAUGAAAAAUUAUUACCUGAACCAGAUAUGACAAUUGAAGUAAAUUUUACAAUGGAUGUAUUAGGUAAUGGAGUAACAUAUGCAAUGUUUAAUGGUAAAACUUAUGUACCUCCAAAAGUUCCCAUUUUAUAUACUGUUUUAAGUUCUGGAAAUAAUUCAAAUAAUGAUAUAAUUUAUGGAACAAAUACAAAUUCAUUUAUUUUACAAUCAAAUGAAAUUAUUGAAAUUAUUUUAAAUAAUAAUGAUCCUGGUAAACAUGCUUUUCAUUUACAUGGUCAUAAUUUUCAAUUAAUUUCAAGAAGUGAAGGUACAGAUGAUGAAGAUGAUCCUAUAGUUUUUGAUCCAAAUAAUGAAAAAAUGAUAAAUUAUCCAAAAUAUCCUUUGGUUAGAGAUACAGUUGAAGUUAAAUCAAAUGGAUAUUUUGUGUUAAGAUUUAAAGCAAAUAAUCCAGGAGUUUGGUUUUUCCAUUGUCAUGUAGAUUGGCAUUUAGAACAAGGAUUAGCUUUGGUUCUAAUUGAAUCCCCCAAUGAAAUUCAAAAUACAGAAAUUUCAAAAAAUCAUAAACAAAUUUGUGAAAAUAAUAGUGUUCCAUAUAUUGGAAAUGCUGCAGCAAAUUUAAAUUUUUUUGAUUUAAAUGGUCAAAAUUUACAAGAACCUCCAUUACCUGAUGGUUUUACUUUAAAGGGAUAUAUUGCAAUGAUAUUAUGUACAAUUGUUGCUUUAUAUGGAUUAUGGUCAAUUUAUAAUUAUGGAAUUGAAGAUGUAAGUAAAGAUACUAUAGUUAUUGAAAGAUUAUAUGAAAUUAUUAAUGCAAAUAAUGAAUAA